AUGAGGAUGAGACAAAUCUUCAAUAAAAAUGAUCCCCCGUUUCAACUCAAACUUCCUCCAAAGGCAGCUAGACCUGAAAAAGAAAUUGACCCAGAAUAUGAAGAGAAGAUGAAAGCAGAUCGAGCAAAAAGGUUUGAGUUCCUUCUGAAGCAGACAGAACUUUUUGCACAUUUUAUUCAGCCUGCAGCACAAAAAUCGCCAACAUCUCCAUUGAAAGUCAAGUUGGGACGGCCACGGAUGAAGAAGGAUGAAAAACAGAGUUUGAUUUCAGCUGGGGAUUAUCGUCACAGGCGCACAGAACAAGAAGAAGAUGAAGAGCUGUUGUCAGAGAGUCGAAAAACGUCUAAUGUGUGUAUUCGAUUUGAGGAGUCUCCUUCAUAUGUGAAAGGAGGAACACUAAGAGAUUAUCAGGUUAGAGGUUUGAACUGGGUGAUCUCAUUGUAUGAAAAUGGUGUUAAUGGCAUUCUGGCAGAUGAAAUGGGUCUUGGUAAGACUCUGCAGACAAUAGCAUUAUUAGGCUAUCUGAAGCAUUACCGAAACAUUCCUGGGCCACACAUGGUCCUGGUUCCAAAAUCAACUUUGCACAAUUGGAUGAAUGAAUUCAAACGCUGGGUUCCAUCAUUACGUGCUGUUUGCCUUAUUGGAGAUAAAGAUGCCAGAGCUGCUUUUAUCCGUGAUGUUAUGAUGCCUGGUGAAUGGGAUGUUUGUGUUACAUCAUAUGAAAUGGUAAUUAAAGAGAAAUCGGUCUUCAAAAAAUUUAACUGGAGGUACCUGGUAAUUGAUGAAGCCCACAGAAUAAAGAAUGAGAAGUCUAAGCUGUCAGAGAUUGUACGUGAGUUCAAGACAACAAAUCGAUUGCUGCUUACAGGAACUCCUUUGCAGAAUAACCUCCAUGAGCUGUGGGCAUUACUGAAUUUUCUUUUACCUGAUGUCUUCAAUUCUGCAGAUGAUUUUGACUCAUGGUUCGACACUAAAAAUUGUCUCGGUGAUCAGAAACUUGUAGAAAGACUUCAUGCUGUUUUGAAGCCAUUUUUAUUACGUCGCAUAAAAGCUGAAGUAGAAAAGAGUUUGCCUCCGAAGAAGGAAGUAAAAAUUUAUCUUGGGCUCAGCAAAAUGCAGAGGGAAUGGUAUACCAGGAUCCUGAUGAAAGAUAUUGAUAUCCUGAAUUCAGCUGGGAAAAUGGAUAAGAUGCGUCUGCUGAAUAUUCUGAUGCAGCUGCGGAAAUGCUGUAACCAUCCUUACCUAUUUGAUGGUGCUGAGCCGGGCCCUCCUUACACCACUGACACACAUCUCAUCACUAACAGUGGUAAAAUGUUAGUUCUGGAUAAACUGCUAGCAAAACUCAGAGAGCAAGGUUCCAGAGUUCUGCUUUUUAGUCAGAUGACUCGCUUACUGGAUAUUUUGGAAGACUAUUGCAUGUGGCGUGGAUAUGAGUACUGCCGACUUGAUGGACAGACACCACACGAAGAAAGAGAGGAAGCAAUAGACACAUUUAAUGCUCCCAACAGCAGUAAAUUCAUUUUCAUGCUGAGUACCAGAGCUGGAGGUCUUGGAAUUAAUUUGGCAACUGCUGAUGUGGUUAUUCUCUAUGAUUCAGAUUGGAACCCUCAAGUAGAUCUGCAAGCCAUGGAUCGUGCGCAUCGUAUUGGUCAAAAGAAACCAGUACGGGUGUUUCGACUAAUCACUGAUAAUACUGUUGAAGAGAGGAUUGUAGAAAGAGCUGAAAUAAAACUGAGACUGGACUCUAUAGUUAUACAACAAGGAAGGCUCAUAGACCAACAGUCUAACAAACUGGCAAAAGAUGAAAUGCUGCAGAUGAUCCGGCAUGGAGCCACGCAUGUUUUUGCUUCCAAAGACAGUGAGCUGACAGAAGAAGAUAUAACCACUAUUUUAGAAAGAGGUGAAAAGAAGACAGCUGAAAUGAAUGAACGAUUGCAGAAAAUGGGGGAGAGCUCCUUACGAAAUUUCACUAUGGACACAGAGAUGAGCUUAUACAACUUUGAAGGUGAAGAUUAUAGGGAAAAACAAAAGCUGAGCAUGAUGGAAUGGAUAGAGCCUCCAAAACGAGAACGCAAAGCUAAUUACGCAGUUGACGCUUAUUUCAGAGAAGCCCUACGUGUUAGUGAACCGAAAGUCCCGAAGGCUCCACGACCUCCAAAACAACCAAAUAUUCAGGAUUUCCAGUUUUUCCCACCACGGUUAUUUGAACUUCUGGAAAAAGAAAUUCUGUAUUACCGUAAGACCAUAGGAUAUAAGGUCCCCAGGAAUCCUGACCUCCCAAAUGCAGCUCAGGUACAGAAAGAGGAACAAAAGAAGAUAGAUGAGUCUAUGCCUCUGAAUACUGAGGAAAGUGAAGAGAAGGAAAAGCUUCUAACACAGGGUUUUACAAACUGGAAUAAAAGGGAUUUUAACCAGUUUAUUUAAAGCUAUGAGAAAUAUGGUCGUGACGAUAUAGACAAUAUUGCCCGUGAGGUGGAGGGAAAGUCACCUGAGGAGGUCAUUGAGUAUUCAGCUGUUUUCUGGGAACGUUGUAACGAACUACAGGACAUUGAAAGGAUUAUGGCUCAAAUUGAACGAGGAGAGGCAAGAAUUCAACGGAGGAUCAGUAUCAAGAAAGCUCUCGAUGCCAAAAUUGCAAGGUAUAAAGCACCUUUUCAUCAGUUGCGUAUUCAGUAUGGAACAAACAAAGGGAAAAAUUACACAGAAGAGGAAGACAGAUUUUUGAUAUGCAUGUUACACAAGAUGGGCUUUGACAAAGAAAACGUGUACGAGGAACUAAGGCAGUGUGUGCGCAAUGCUCCUCAGUUCAGAUUUGACUGGUUUAUCAAAUCUAGAACUGCAAUGGAGUUUCAGAGACGCUGCAAUACUCUCAUAUCAUUAAUAGAAAAAGAAAAUAUGGAAAUUGAGGAAAAAGAAAGAGCUGAAAAGAAGAAAAGAGGAGCAAAAGUUACAGCAUCACAGAAGAGAAAAGCAGAUUUGGCUACUGAGAACUCUGGAAAAAAAGAUGCUAAGAAAGUGAAGUCGUGAACCUGAAAACAAUGCUAAAUGUAAAACUGCCACUUUCUUCCCUCCAUCUACAAGUAUUAAUUGCCAACUUCUUUGUAUUCAUGGUACUGUCUUCCAAAUCCCAUGGUUUAAUUUUGCAAAUUUUGUAUACUUUACAAUGUCUUUCCUUAUCUAAAAUGUGUAGCUUUAUAUCUUAUGCAUUCCAGUAUUUUUGUGUACUGUAUUUUGUGAGUUUCAUGUCUUUGGCCAAAUUCACUCAGUCCUUGUUUUUUUGAAGCUUGUGCUGAGGUUUUAGCUUUUAUAUGUUUUAUAUGCUGCUGCUUUGAAAGAAAACCUAGAUUCUAUAGCUGUAUUAUUGUUGUUUCAUAUUUUAAAUUUAUAUGGCGGGGGGGGGAAAAAAAAAAUUUAUUUUUUUUAAUUAUUUGAAGAGAAAUAUACUUCACCUUUGUUUUCCCUACCCUCUCUCCUUUUUUGCAUAGCUACAUUUAGAGUGAAUGUUAAGGUUUGUAUAAUUGUGCCUUCAUCAUCGAUCAGAAUUUUUUUCAGAGGAGUACUUAGAUAGGAUCAGGAGCAUGACAGAACAAAAAAAAUCUAAUUAGACUGACAUCCUUGUUUGCUGUCAAACCACAACAGCAUUAAAAUGACAUUUUGCUCUGAAAUGUUUGGAAGCAUAAGCCAGCAAAUACUUAUAUGGAUUUUUUUCUUCUUUAUCACUGGUUUCUGCUGGGCUUCAUACAUGCUUAAACAAAGGAUGAGGUGUUUUUCAGAGUGACCUCUAGAUGAACUUCCUAUGCCUAAUAAACUGAAGUAGUCGACUAACAGCUGCUUUUUUAAGUAACAAACAAAAUAAUUCAUCUUCUGGUUGGUAGGCUGCUCAGCUGUGCUGCCUUGUGCUAAAAGAUCUUUGUUGCUCUAAUUAUCUCUGCUAACUUUCUGCUUUUGCCUUUGAUUCAAUAUGUCAGUCAGAAGCAAUGGGGAUAUGUUAUGGAGUGCUCCUUUAUAGUAUUUCUAUUUUAAUGAAGGGAUGAAAGUGUUGGAUGUAUGAUUUUUUUUGACUUUGCAGGAAUGGCCUUUAUUAAGCAGGUUCAUAGUUUCUGCUCACCUUGGAGUCUCUGCCUUUCCUGGAUCAGUAGAACAGUGACUGUGACAUCUAAUGUUUUACUUUAAUCUUCUGUCUCUGAUCUGGUGUUUAGUAUGGACCUUGCUACAGUGAGACAUGCCCUCAUAAUGUCAAGUCUAGAUUAAUGCAGUGUGCUUUACAUGGUACUUCCCUUGAAGACUACUUGUAAAUUUCUUCUAGUGCAGUUUGCUUUCUUCUGUGGUUUAAGGUGUUUUGAGAUGAAAAAAACUAUUUAAGCUCUUUAUAUUUCAUGCUUUGCAUUGGCUACCUUCUUCUGUAUUGGUAAAAUUCAGGACUUUAUAAAAAGUUCUUGAGUCUUAGGACAGAGUUCUGCCCAUAUUCUUCUAUGUCAUUUAAAAUACAUUGGAAUGUCUUUGAAGUUUUCUGGGAUUAAUCUCUAAGCUUGAUGAGUAAUUUCCAGCCUUUCUUGAUAGUCUGUGUUUUAAGGUUUGGGGCAAAAUGGGUGUGGUGACUUGGUUGAGCAUUUUGAAAGAUUAAUAAUUUGAUUUCAUAUUUCGGAAUGGAGCUUUUGUUUGGGGACCAAGUUAUUAAUUAUUUUACUGGGCUUUUAUUUGUAAGACUUGUAAAAAAGGGGAUUCAUCUGUUGAGAUUCAUCUGAUGAGUUGAGAGCUACGUCUAAUAAUGAUGGGGCACAACUUUCAGACAGAAGGUUAGUGAUGGGUGUCAAUGCAUGCUUUUAAAUGAGUAUGCAACCCAGAUGGGAAAGGUCUGCUCAAGAAAAGAAGGAUGUCUUUUUCAAAUAGUAUUUUUGGUAUUGGAGUAGCUGACAUCCUGUUUUAUCCCUGGGAGAAGGACAUCCCGUGUAAUUAUGGGCUGGAAAAAGGCUGUGCAGCUACAUACAUACAUAAUCACAAAUCCCUGGAGCAUUGCUUUUCAUAGAGAGAGGAAGAUGCCUUGUUUACAUUUGCUUUUCGACUCCCAUGUCACUCAGUAAGUUUAUGGCCUGAAAUUAUAAAAACAAGUAAAGAGAGGAGGGAAAUAAAGGCUGGAAGAGCCAAUUGAAUUUUUAUUGAAUCACAUGGCUAGGUCUAGACCUUAUUCCAUUGCUUCUAUUUAGCAUCAGGUGAAUAUUUUAAUGUUUUAAGUCUUUGAAAUAAGUGUAUUCUGGUUUUGUUUAUUGUAGAUUAGCUUUGUUUGACUUGCAUGUUUUUGUGUAUCCAGUUUCUCUGUGUUGCAAAGUGUAUGGAAAGUCUUAAAAUGGUAAUAUCUCAACUUGUUCUUUUAUGCAUAUUUCUUGGUUUGAGUUACCGCUUGAGUUAAUGUUCACUUUUCUCCUCCCUCAAUGACAUGAUAUACUAGCUAUAUAGCAAGAGAUCAUGCAAUUGUUCUUCCAGAUAUUAUCCUCUUGAUCAGACAGCUUCUCUGAAGAAUAAUAGAUGCUCCCAGGAACUAUCUGUUAUCUCUUACAGUCUGUAGUUCCUAGUUACGCUGAAUGUGCUGUUGAACAACAGUCCUUGAGAGCACUUGUACACUAUAUACUAGUUCCUCAGCAUAUUGAGUCUUCCCAUCCAUCACGUCCCACAGUGAUAACUAAAGAAAAUUGCUAACAGCUGCUGGUCAGGAUUAAAGUAAAAUGGAUCUUUCUUUUCCUUUUUCAUUCUUCUAGUUGCAGAUACACACACAGUAUGUGCCUAGCAGUAUCUAAAUGAUGUGCUGCUGUGACUCAAAAUUAGAUGGACUGAAAUAAAGGAAUCUUUAUACUUUUAACUACUAUUUUCUUAGGUGAGGAAUACUGUUUGUAAGAAAUUUGUAAGCACUGAAUGUAAUGUGAUACAAAACUUCUGAAAAGUAUGGGCCUUCAGGCAAUUUGGUAGUUGCCAAAAAAAUUACAUGAUAUAAAAUUUUGAGGAUAAUUUGUUGUUUCUUUUUGAGUAGACAACUAAAAUUUGAUUGUGUUAGCAUUAGGCUUGAAGAAA